AUGAAGACCGAAGAUAUAUCAAAGCUUGCAAAUGAUGAACUUUAUAAAUUGAGAGAAUCACAGCUGAUGACAAAUAUAGAGUUAAAAAUGCAGUCUGGAAAGAUUCAAGAACUUGAUAAUGACAAAAUAAAGUUACAGAAAAAUACUCACGAAAUGCAGUUAAUGAUGGAUAACUUAAUGAGAACGAAUGCCGAGUUAGAAUCAGACACUGAAAGAUAA